AUGGCUGAAACCGCGACCAAGCAGACGGGCCCGACCUACGUCGGGACCAGCAAGGUCGUCAAGACCGACUACCCGCUGAUUGACAACGACCCCCACUUCAAGCGCGUCGUUCGAUACGCCCGCCCGUCCGACUACCUCGCCGGCGGUCUGGCCGCCGCCUUCGCCCCGACGGCUCUGUACACGCUCGAGAAGUUUGCCCCGUCGCGCGUCGGCAAGGGCGGCUUGGCCAAGGCCAUGCGGCUGGCGGGCUUUGUCGGCCUCGCCGGCGGCUUCCUCUACUUUUACCAGCGAUCAUGCCUCCGCUUCUACGGCGCCACCGAGAACCGGCGCGAAGUCGACAUGGACAUGCGCGAAAUGGUGGCCAAGGUCAAGGCCGGCGAGCCCCUCUACGGCGAGAGCAAGCUCAGCCCGUACCUGCAGGGCGUUGCGGCGCGGCAGAGCAGGUACUCGGCCCUGUUCUUCAGCGCGGUGCCGUGGUUCAACUUUGUCAACCAUGGCCAGCACGGCGUCGACACGGCCAAGUAUUACCAGCAGGCGGAGCGGGAGCUGGAGGCAGAGCGCACGGGCAAGAGCUUGUAA